AUGUUUUCACCGAUGACUGGCGCGAACCCCGGAAGAAAGAAUGACGAAAAUGAGCAAUCAGUUCAGAGCGUCUGACAAAUCCGCUCCUGUUCAGACCCUGGCGGGCUCAUCUUCCCCCGCUCUCUGUUUCUGUCUCGCCUAACAAAAACAUUGGAGUGAAACAUGAACGAAAUUCACCGGCAAAGACUCGGUAAAAACGCGGUUGUCCUGCUGCUCGUGAUGAGCGCCGCUCGCUGCUGUCAAGCGUUCAACUUGGAUGUAAGGUUUCCAGUCGUCAAAGAGGGAAAAACAGCUGGCAGUUUGUUUGGACUUUCUGUUGCACUACACGAACAGUUCGUAGGAGAGAACAGACACCUACUUCUUGUAGGAGCACCGAAGGAGAAAGCAGAGUCGCAAGUGUCAGCCAAUGAGACUGGAGAUGUGUAUGCCUGCCCAAUCACCACAGACCACAAAGACUGCAAAAGACUGAACCUUCUCAGCUCAGAUCCUGAUGACAUACCAAACCCUACAAAGGAUGUGAUGGAUGGGAUGUGGCUAGGUGUGUCGUUAGCCAGUCAGAGUCAACCAGGGGGCCGUGUCCUAGCCUGUGGCCAUCGUUAUAUACGAAACAUGUCAACCAACCUUCGGAUGAUUGGGAAGUGCUAUGUUCGUGGAAAUGAUUUACAAUAUAACCAGGCAGACUCUCAGUGGCAGUCAUUCGGGGAGAUGUGUGACCCCAGAGAAAAUCAGAAUAGAGAAGGCAUGUGUCUUGCUGGGAUGUCUGCUGCCAUCACUCAGACCGAGAUCUUCCUGGGUGCACCUGGAUGCUUCAACUGGCAAGGAAACACAAUUUCACAGUGGCAUAACCCUGCAAAUAAUUAUGAUGACAUUAAGAGCAAGAUUCGGGACUUGGACAGAGGGAAUAUUUACAUUGGUUACUCUAUAGCUGCGGGUCAAGGUGUGUUGAGCAAAGACAAAAUAACAGUGGUAACAGGAGCUCCAAGAGAUGAGGCCAGAGGAUCUGUGAUGAUGGGUGAAGUUCAUAAAAAGAGUACUGAUGAUGGAGAAGUCGAAAUAAAAGCCACUGUCACGGGAGAACAAGUUGGGUCCUAUUUUGGCAGCAGUGUUGCUAUUGUUGACCUUAACAAUGAUGGCUGGAAGGAUCUGAUUGUUGGAGCCCCUUUCUAUUUCGACCGGAGAAACGACGGAAAAGGGGGGGCAGUGUAUGUCUAUAUGAACCAGGACGGCUCCUUUAGUAACAAAGCUGACGUGGUGCUCACUGGGCCUAAGGACUCAGCUUUCGGCAUGGCUGUUGCUGCUAUUGGUGAUGUUAACCAGGAUGGCUUUCAAGAUUUUGCUGUUGGUGCUCCAUAUCAUAGUACAGGCAGAGUAUCGAUAUGGAUGGGCAACAAACUGGGUAUUUCCCAAACACCUAGUCAGGUCAUUUUUGGAAAAGACAUCCCAGGUGGUGGGUUCCACACGUUUGGCUAUUCCAUCAGUGGUGGCAUGGAUGUGGACAGGAACAGUUACCCAGACAUAGCGGUUGGAUCAUUAGAUGACCGCGUGGUCUUGCUAAGAGCACGUCCUGUGAUUCACCUAAAGAGUUAUCUUACUGUGACACCGGAGGUUAUCAAACCAGAAGAGUGUGAUGACUGUAUUGAAGCAAAGGUCUGUUUGACCUACACAUUCAGCACUGGAAGUGCCAGUUCCCAGAAGAGGAUUACCUUUCAAUAUACAGUGGAAGCCGAUCAGCAAUCGUCUCGGAGCCCUCGUGUUCAAUUCCUUGACGGCAAAGCUUCCAAACACACUGGCGAAAUGUCUGUUGAGGCAUCUGAAGUUUGUCGUUCUCUGAAACUCAAGCUAGUGUCCAAGACGAUCCAAGACAAGGUUGCUCCAAUAGUUUUCUUGCUGAGCGUGUCUUUGGUGGAGCCUGUUCCCUCCAGCGGGCAGAAACUAGAAGACAUCAAUGCCUUUCCUGUGAUCAGCCAGAAAGACACUCAGCCUAAAAGAGCUGAGAUUCACAUUCAGAAAGCCUGUGGAUCAGAUAACAAAUGUGAGAGCAACCUUCAGAUGACGGCUGCAUUCACAGAUGAGCAGAACACACCGUUUCCCACGAGGAAUGGCCAGCAGAUCUUCCUUUACACUACUGAUGUGAAGAAGCUGAAGUUGAUGGUGAAUGUUUCCAAUGUCCCAUCACAGGACAGGAUAGCAGAAGAUGCUUACAGUGCUUCCCUAAAUGUCACCUUUCCCACCUCGCUCAGCUUCUCCAGCGUAAACCCCAAGAUCUUGACAUGUGAACCGUCUGAUGGGGCGGUUCUGUGUACACUGGGGGACCCCUUCAAAAGUAAUCAGAGCGUGGAGUUUGAGAUCAUCUUUGAAACGACAGGAAUCACAAUAGGAAUGCAGGAGAUUCAGACUGAACUGCGGCUCUCAACGCGGAGCGAUCAGAAUGAUCUACGGCCCCUGUCGAGAGUACUGAUGGUGGAGUACGAACUAAAGCCCAUCUUUAAUUUCCAUUUAAACCAUUUUAGCACAGAAUUCAGUGGAAAAGUGAAAGCAGAAUCAGCCAUGAAAAGUACCAGUGACAUUGGAAGCCCAGUGGAAUUCAACUUGACGGUGACUCUUUCUGGAAAACCUCUGGGAAAUCUGGGGUAUCUGGAAGUGGUCUUUCAGUGGCCUUAUGCUGUGGCUAAUCAGAAGUGGCUGCUUUAUCUGUCAGAGAUUGAGAUGACAGGAACCUCCAAGACAUUCUGUGUCCCUGAAAAUAAAGUCGUAAACCCCCUUAAUCUGGAUGUGUCAGAGCGCAAGACUAGGAGGAAAAGAGACGUGAGCUCCUUAGAGUCUGAACAGACCCUCCCGAAGCUGCAGGCCGUCCAGAGGAAACCUUCUGCCAACCUGGACUGUGUCACAGGUAGUGCCCUCUGUCAGACCUUCACCUGCCCCUUGCUGGGCAUGGACACCUCGGCCAAUCUCACGGUCCGAGCACGCGUAUGGAACAGCACGAUGCUUGAGGACUACAAGGGUGCAAGAGUACUUGUGUACGGUAGAGCCACACUGAGUCUAAAAACAGACAAACCAAGCAUCAGGAUGAGCAAUAACACCCGUGAGUUUACAGUAGGUAUAGACCCUGCAGAGGGGGAAGAGCUUCGGUAUGAAGUGCCUCUGUGGAUAAUCAUCGUGUCUGCGUUGGCAGGAGUGAUUCUGCUGGGACUGAUUGUCAUUUUACUGUGGAAGAGUGGCUUUUUUAAGCGGGCUGCCAACUUUCAAACUAUGCCAACAUACCAAGGCAUGAAGAUUUGCAAGAAGGAACAGUAUCAGGUAAACCAGGGCUUUUUAAUUGUGGACACCACAAAAAAUAAGAAACACUGGAUCACAAGCUGGACUGAAAAGACACAGUACUACUGAUGAAAGCCAUCUUACAUUGUCUCUUUUAAACAGUGGAAUGGACUUUACCUGAACAAUACCUGAUUUGAUUUGAACAACUUCUGGGUAUCAGAUAUAAUUGAAAGUGUUCAUUCAAAACUCUCCAACAUGAACUGAUUGUACUGAAGACUAUAUGUGAGAUUACAUACUGUAUUGGUGUUUAUUUUGGUUAUAGUUUUUC